CUUUUUAAAGGAGUGCACUCUAGAGGGUCUUCCGUCUGCAAUGGUCUGUCGUCGUUGACCUCUAUCUGGAGCCAAAAGUGACGCGCCAUGGCUCGAACCUGGCUUCACCUAACCUCGUCGUCCCUUCUAAUACUCUAUUCCGUGAUCUGGUUCAAUCUCUCCGCCGUCGAUGCAAAAAAUCAUCACCAACGGCCAAUGGUCCUUCCUCUACAUCUAUCAUCACGCAAUCAUUCCUUCCACCGACACGUGGAUAAUCUCCGCCGUCAUCUCCAGCAAUCGGAGCUCUCUCGUUCCAGUCCAAACGCUCGCAUGAGACUCUACGAUGAUCUCCUUUCCAACGGAUAUUAUACGACUCGGUUAUGGAUAGGAACGCCGCCUCAGGAAUUCGCUCUUAUCGUCGACACCGGAAGUACUGUAACUUAUGUUCCUUGCUCCAGUUGUGCACGGUGCGGCAAGCAUCAGGAUCCAAGAUUCCGACCAGAUUUGUCUAGCACUUAUCAACCUGUAAAAUGCAAUCCAAGUUGUAAUUGUGAUGAUGAGCAAAAGCAAUGUACUUAUGAUAGACGGUAUGCUGAGAUGAGUUCCAGCAGUGGGGUGCUUGCGGAGGAUGUUGUUUCUUUUGGGAAUGAAAGUGAACUUGUGCCUCAGCGUGCCGUUUUUGGUUGCGAAAAUAUGGAAACGGGUGAUCUUUACAACCAACGAGCUGAUGGUAUAAUGGGUUUGGGUCGGGGCCGGCUUAGUAUUGUUGAUCAACUUGUUGAUAAGAGUGUUAUUGGUGAUUCAUUUUCUUUGUGCUAUGGUGGGAUGGAUGUUGGCGGAGGUGCAAUGGUUCUCGGAAAAAUCACUUCUCCCCCUGAAAUGAUUUUCACCCAUUCAGACCCUUUCCGCAGCCCUUACUACAACAUUGAGCUUAAGGAUAUGCAUGUUGCUGGAAAGCGAUUGAAGUUACCCACUGGGGUCUUUGAUGGAAGGCAUGGAACAGUCUUGGACAGUGGAACAACAUACGCUUACUUUCGAAAAGAUGCUUUUGUUGCAUUUAGAGAUGCUAUCCUAAGGGAAGUUCAUUUUCUCAAAAGGGUCCAUGGUCCUGACCCUAAUUAUGAUGAUGUCUGUUUUUCUGGUGCUGGAAGGGAUGUUUCCCAGCUAUCAAAAAUUUUCCCAAAGGUUGAGAUGGUAUUUAACAAUGGAAAUAAGUUAUUGCUGUCUCCAGAAAACUACCUGUUCCGGCACACAAAGGUUAGUGGUGCAUAUUGCUUGGGAAUUUUCCCAAAUACAGAAUCUACCACUCUUUUAGGAGGAAUUGUUGUCCGGAACACCCUAGUCACAUAUGAUCGGGGUAAUGACAGGAUAGGCUUUUUGAAAACUAAUUGUUCUGAACUAUGGAGGAGAGUGCACUUCUCUGGUGUGCCUGCACCAGCUCCUUUAGUCUCCCAAAGCAAUGAUACUAACAUGGAUAUUACUCCUACACUAGCCCCAAAUGAAUCACCAGCAAAUGUUCUUCCAGGUUCAUUUCGUAUUGGAUUUAUAACAUUUGAUAUGUCAAUUAGCACAAACGAUUCCAAAUUGAAGCCUGACUUCAAGGAGCUUGGAGAAUUAAUUUCCCAGGAACUGGAAGUCGAUAAUUCACAGGUUCGCCUGCUGAAUGUCACUAAGAAGGGGAAUGAUUACCUUGUUAGAUGGGGAAUUUUUCCCGCUUCAUCUGCUAAUUAUAUUUCUAAUUCCACUGCACUGAGCAUCAUUCUGCGCUUAAGGGAUCAUCGAAUGCAGUUUCCUGAGAGAUUUGGAAAUUAUAAGUUGGUUGAAUGGAAUGCUGAACCUCAAAGGAAGUUGUCAUGGUGGCGAAAUCACUUUCUGGCAGUGGUACUUGGACUUUUAACAACUCUGAUUCUUAGUUUGUCAGUUAUUGGGAUAUGGUUGGUUUAUCGACACAGACAACAAGCAAUCGCUGCUUAUGAGCCUGUUGGUGCUCCUAUUCCGGAGCAAGAGCUUCAGCCUCUUCAAUCUUAAAAUUUUAUCCAGUCAUAAACUCGUAAUUAUCUGCAGCAUAGUUUUCUUGUAUACUAUUUAUUAUCUUGCACAGAAUACAUGCUUUUGGAGUUCUCAGAAUGACGAUGACGGUCCAUCCAAGCCAGAUAGGUACGAUGUGAUGAAUAUUAAAACCCUCUGUUGUAAAAUUUUUUAUCUUCUAUUUUUUAGAAAAAAAAAAUGAAAACCAAACGUGCUAAUAGAUAAUUUGACAAUAUGAUCAUACUUUUUACUGUGAUGUAUGUGAAUACUUCCAACAACGCUCAGAUCAAGUAAUACAAGAUCCAUUUGGGGUAGGAAACUAUAGUUAAUACUUACUAGUCCCUUUUAUCUUUAAAAAAAAAUUUGUCUUCGGUGUGCUGGAAAAUUGAUGUUUUUAUCAUACGCAUGUCGUUGGCAUUGCUAUAUGUAAAAUAUCUCAUAUACCUACAUUUUAUUGCUAUAGCAUUCCACCCUAAUCUCUGAUGAUACCAGCUUAGGUAAAUGAGAUGUUUUACAUUGAUUUGAAACGAUCUGGACUACAUACAAUGAAGAAGCCAAUGUGGUGGUCCUGGCUCUGAUUACAGCCGCACUUGAUUCCUUAUUGAGAAAGACCCCACACCCCGUGAACAAACCCGCCAUUUUGGUGUGGCUAAUGAAAAAGGGGAAAUGGUCGAAAAUGGAAAAAUAUACACGCAGCAGACUACGGGGUAGGUCGCGGCGCUACUUUUUCAUUAACCCAAAACUUGUUCUGUAAAAACUUGCUUCUCUGAAAAGGUUAGAGAUGAAAGAGUAAGGAAAAGAAAUGGGGUUCGAUGAGUGAAAAUUAUCACACCAGAGUUUCAUUAACCCCACAUUAAAUGGUGCAUUCUUAGUAAGGACUUGAGCCAUUUCCAUGACCUAAGCUUCCUCUGGCGCUGCUUUAGUGCAUGGACCGAGGAUGAUUUACGCUCGAAAGAGCAAGUGCGUUAAGCAAAGAUAAAAGUACGAAGAUUUAUAUGAAAGCAAAUGCUUUCAAGUUCGCAGUUCAAUAAAAGAGAAGCUGAUCAAUGACCAUAUUACCAGACGAACUCAUUUAAAAUAAUAGAAGAAAUUAAAAGGUCAAACCCAAAUCUUUUUCUCCCCUUCCCCAUUAAAAUUUUGGAGUUCGGUGCAGUGCAGCAUUGGUGCUUCGACCUUCAAAGCUUAAAUUGUUACGAGUUAUUGCUAGCUAUGUGGCAUAAUCAAGUGGUAAUACAAAGAAAAGCGCCAAAAGGGGAUCGCAGCAGCAGGGAUCAAAAUAAAAGCGGCUG